GCGGAUGAAUUCACAGCAUGCUGCUAGGACUGGGCGCUUUGCUGGGGCUCUAUCGACGGAAAACCAUGUGAUCUCGGUCCCUGCGCUCAGGAAAUGAGAAACCAGCACUGCCGGGGCUGAAAGUUCUUAAUAUGUAUUCCCUCCUCGGCAGCUGGUAAACUUGGAACAGAGGGGCAUGCUUCGAGAGCUUUUCCUGGCUCCUUAGAAGGCUGUCAACUAUCUCAAAAAAGUCAGAGGCUUACAUUCAUGUUGUAGGCGUAUGAGCUGCCUAACCGAUGGAGGAGAAAGAUGCAAUAAGCUUGCUUCCGGAGCAGGGAAAUUUAGACAGUGCUAGCAUCGACAUCCUGGAUAAAGACAAUGAGGUAGCGAAGGCAGGCUAUGUUACAGCAUCUCAUGAUGCGUCCUUCCAUCAGGCGGAGAUCUUGGGACAUACACUGGACAUCAGCAAUGAGGGCCCGGAAAAAGAGUUCUGGCCUCAUCGUCUUGUCUCAAGACAAGCGCGAUGGAGAAGGGCAGUGUAUGAGCAAAGGAAAGUUCUCAUGCUUGCAAUUGCCAUAGUUAUUCUUCUAGUGUUGGGCCUUGGCAUUGUACUGGAGCUCACUACCGGCAAGCACGCAGUCAAGCACAAGCCAUCUCUGGCAGCAAGCUACCGCUCGGCGUUUCACUUUCAACCACCUGAUGGUCAUUGGAUGAAUGAUCCAAAUGGCCCGGUCUUCUACAAAGGCUACUAUCACUUGUUCUUUCAGUACAACGGCCUCGCUGCAGUUUGGGGAAACAUUACAUGGGGCCAUGCCGUCUCCAGUGACCUGAUCCACUGGAACACGGGUCCCAUUGCGCUCGCGCCAGAUGAAUGGUACGAUCGGCAGGGGGUCUGGUCCGGGUCUGCGACCGUGCUGCAGGACGGCAGCGUCGUGCUGGUGUACACGGGGCUCACCAACCAGUCGGUGCAGGUUCAAAAUCUGGCGACGCCAGUGGAUGCUGCAGAUCCUCUGCUGCGUCAAUGGAAAAAGUCGCCGCAGAAUCCUGUGAUAUCUCCCCCCCCGGGUGUGAACAACCUGGAUUUCCGGGAUCCGACGACCGCGUGGCUGGCCGGAGACGGCAGAUGGCGCAUGCUCGUGGGGGCGCGGCUCGCCGGCUCUGGCGCGGCACUGAUGUACAGCAGCCCCGACUUCCGCACCUGGACGCCGACCAGCGCGCCCCUCCACGCGGUGCCAGGUUCCCCAAUGUGGGAGUGCCCAGAUCUGUUCCCUGUCGCUCACAACGCGGGGUUGCCGUUGGGCGUGCACCCGGCCGGCACGCCGUACGUGCUCAAGGCAAGCAUCGACCACACGCUGACCGACUCGUACGCGCUCGGCAGCUAUGACGCCGCCACCGACACCUGGGCGCCGCGCGGGCCGGACGACGUCAGCCAGGGGAGGCUGCUCGACUACGGCAAGUACUAUGCUUCCAAGUCGUUCUACGAUCCCGUGAAGGGGCGGCGUGUCUUGUUCGGGUGGAUCUACGAAACCGACUCGCAGCAAAGCAAUAUCAGGCGAGGUUGGGCCUCGGUGCAGGCGUUGCCGCGCGCCGUGGAGCUGGCCGCGGACGGGGCGGACAUUGUGCAGUGGCCCGUUGCGGAGGUGGACGCGCUGCGCAAGCACGCGGCCACGCUGCGCAACGUGACGCUGCCGCCGGGGGCGCGGCUGGAGCUGCCGGGAGUGGCGGGCUGCCAGCUGGACCUGGAGCUGGCGUUCACCCUGCCCCCGCAGGACGAGGCCGCAGCGCCGCCCCCCGCAUCCGCCGCCAGCGAGCCGUCCCGCUGCAGCCCAGAGGGGUCGGCGGGCGGCGGCGCGCUGGCGGUGGGCCCGUUCGGCGUCGCGGUGCUGGCGGCCGGGGCGGAGCGGACGGCGGCCUACUUCGAGCUGGCGCGCAACGGCACUGCCGCGGUGGCGCGCGUCUGCACCGACCUGCGCGCCGCGUCGCUGGCCCCCGACACGGACCGGGGCGUCUACGGCAGCGCGGUCAGGCGGGAAGGGGACGGGGCGACGCUGAGCAUGAGAGUGAUCGUUGACCACUCGGUGGUUGAAGUGUUUGCGGAAAAGGGCCACACUGUCGUUACAACACGUUCGUACCCGCUCGGAGCCAUGGAUCAAGAAGCGCGAGUGUUUCUCUUCAACAAUGGAUCCAAUUCCGUUGUCCUGCAACAGGCUACCGCUUGGAGCAUGAACUCUAUAAGCAUCAGCAGUAUUUGACGAACGAAUGUGGGCGUAAAUAUUGGAUAUUGAGUUGGCAUCGGUUAAAGGGUUGCUCCCUAAUACCACAACCGUUCAAAAGCUUUUGUAAGACUGUGGGAGUUGGACAGUGGGUAUAUUGAAUAGGCUGAAUCCAUGCAUCAUCGUUACAGACAUAUAGCACCACGACUGAAUCAAACUUGAAAGUGACAGUUUCCGUAGUGAGGAAAUCAUGAUCAAAGCUUUUUAAAGCGGCCAUACUGAAUCACCUCGC